AUGAAAUCAAGCAUACAAUCAUAUGGAUUUCAAAUAAGUAUUAUACGCUUCGGAGAUGAAAAAGUAUACGAGUACAAAUCGAUCAACAACAACAUAGCAGAGGAGUUUUUGAUGUGUGACUUGUUCAUACACUCCCCGUAUUUGCGACAACAUACUAAAAUGAUUAAUAAGGAAAAAUUCAUAUUCAAAUUUGAGACUGAUAAAUUACUUUCAUCUCUUCAAACACAAGAUGAAAACUUAUUGGUAAAGAUAGCACGAUAGUUGUUAGAAGCAAUUUAGAUUUUACAUUAACACAACAUCCCAGGGAGAACUUUCAAUAUUAAUAAUAUAUUGUGGAAUGAAACCUAAUAAAAAAUCACUCUAAUGGAGUUUGGCUUAUCCUCUCCACUAAUAAUCUACCCUCCAGAAUUGCUCAAUAAAAAAUAUCGAUGUUAUGGAAUUGAAAUUGAUUAAUUCUUGAUAGGGUGUGUACUUUACCAAUUGUAUUUUCGAAAACCUUUAGAAUUAUAAGAACAACUAUUAGAUAUGAACUUUCGCGAUUUAAAUAUGGAAUUAUCUAAAAUUCGAUCACCGCUCAUUAAAGAACUCUUGAUUGGACUACUUCAAUUUAAUUUAUCCAAAAGAAUGCAAUUUAAAGAUCUGGCUAGACUCCUUAAGAGCAAUCAGGGUAUACAAGAAUUUUAUUCUUAAAUUAAAACAUUCAAACCAAAAUAGAAUAUUAUUGACUAGAGGAUUUUCUUCAGAGAAUCAAGAUAAGAGAAGAGUUCCACUUACAUUCUCACUGAUACUGCCUUAUAAGAGUCUUUGAUUAUUCCACUAGAUUAAUCUUUAAGCUCUUUUCAAUCAACAACAUAAGAAUCCUUUAAACAAGUAAAGAAAUUUUCAAUUGUUGAAAACACCUUGAUGGAGUACCAAUUUAAAUUAGAGGUAAGUAAAUUCCAAUGUUUCGAUGAAGUUAUAAGUAUUCUGAAAGAUUACAACCAAGACAUAGUCCCUGAACUAUGUUUAACAAUAUUGGCACUUAAUUUUGGAAAAGUCUACUUUCACCUAUAUUUGAUUAGAGAACUAGAAAUUGAAAAUUCUACUUGCUUCUCUAAAGAUGAUCUAGAAAUGAAGUUAUGGAAAUCAUAUAAAACUUUUAAUUCCAAAACAAUAAACGAUGAAGUUUAAAAAUUAAAAACCAAUGCAAAUAUGUUGAAAGUGUCAUUUGAUAGGGAAAAUGAAAUAAAAUGCGUUUAAUUACAGAUUAAUAAGAAUGAAGUCGAUAAUUUAGAUUUGUUGUAAUUAUAGUUGUUUAAUCUUUAAUACUUCAAUAAUUCUUUGAGUAAUUAGGAACAAUCAAACAAAUUUCUUGAUGCAUAUCGAACUUAAUGUUUGAUUCAAUUGCAAAUAAUAAAUGAAAAUCUUGAUUUUACAAUGAAUCUCCAAACAGCUCAAAAACUAAGGUAGGGCUUGAUUUUAUGCGCAUUUGCAGAUAUCCUCUUUAAACCAUAACUUGAAUGUCAUAAAUAUAUUUUGGAAACCUUGAAUAUCAAAGAGAUUUCAAAUUAUCAGCAAUUUAUUGAAUACAUUAAACUAGAUAUCAACUCAUUCAAUGAAUGGUUCUAGUAGGUGGUUAAUUACUUGAUGAAGCACGAAAUAGGUAGAAAAUAUAUCAACUAUUUGAAUUUAAUAUUAUGA